AUGUCGGAACCACAUCUCGCGAUACAGCAAACAAAAGACAUGGUCGUUAUCAACGUACGGCGCCACAGACUCCACGGAGGGCCACGGGCUGUCCUUGAAAAACCUUUCGCUGAUGCUCUGAAACGACGUCUCGUACAUCUGAUGAAUCUCGUACACGUUCUUCUCUCGAAUGUGGCGGUACAUGUGAACUACGAACGAUUUGACGGAGUCCGGCACGUAGCUGGAGUCGUAUCCUCCGCCGGCGGUGUCACCGGGGAUGGGCUGAUCGGAAUCGUAAGCUGCGGCCAUUUUUUGCGGUGGUUGAAUUUUGGGUUGGAAAUCUGUGAUGCUCGGAGGACACCGAAUGGUGGAGAGAGAGAGGAGUGGGAGGAGCGGCUCGAAUGGGGCGGCGGAGAUAUGGUACCUUGCGAAGAGGAAUCGCCCGUGCUAGAGGCCGUUGAACAGUGGGAGGAAAUACAAUGCGGCGAAGAUUAG